UCAUCUAUUAUUGUUUGGGUAAAACAUCAGAAUGGCAGACCCAUUGAUUUUAUCCUAUGGAAGAGUCAACCUCCCAAGUUUUUUAGUGAAUCCUGAAGCAGUCAUUGAUAUGAUUCCCGUCGUUAUGGUUGUGAAUGCAAUCAUAGCAGCAAUGGCAAAGCAUGGGAUUGCAGGGAAACCAGGCAUCAAAGUCUACCAUGUUGGUUCUUCGGCUGUAAAUCCGCUACCGCUUGGUGACUUGUUCAAGCACUCCUAUGAACACUUCAUUUGUUCCCCUAUUAAUAUGGACACAGAAGGGAAGACAGUGGACAUGAAGGAAAUGAAAAUUUUCAGCCCAAUGGAUGACUUCUCCUCUCAUAUGCAAACAGAGAUAGUUCAGCAAAGGAGGUUGACGAUUUCAGGCAAUAAAGCAUCUCAAAGGCUCGAAAGAAAGUGCAAAAUGAUAGUUGAACAUGCUAUAAACUUGGCUAGGGUAUACCAGCCCUAUAUGUUCUUUAGAGGAAGGUUUGACAAUAGCAACACCCAUAAUCUAAUGGAAGGCAUGUCUGAAGAAGAGAUGAAGAGAUUUCGACUUGAUGUGGAGAAUGUGGACUGGGAAGACUAUAUCACCAACAUUCACAUUUCAGGGCUGAAGAAGCAUGUUAUGAAGGGUAGAGGAAUGCCUAAAUAAUUACUGAUCUAAUCUCCUUGUAUUUGCAUCUUCAAUCUGUUUCCAGUAAUAAAACACCUUGGAUGAUGAUCCC